AGCCUAAUACAAUGAACAUGCGUGCUGUAUAGUCAGAUGACUCAGAUGUCAUGAUUCAUACAUUUGAUCUAUAUUAUCACAUAUAUAUUUUAUUCUUUUUAUAAUUUAGUUGAUUACUAAAUUUCGAAGUUGAGAGUGAUACAAGGGCUGACAUAAUCUUGCGUGUGUGUAUUGCACAAGUUAUUGAUUCGAGUUGAAUCCAUCAAAGUCUUACACUACAGGAGUUCAACACAAAUUUCAGAUUACACAGAUUUUCUAGCUGUAAAGGCGACUAAUUAACCAUAGGGUUAUGACUGCAUUUAAUUAAUUUUAUCAUUUAAUCGAUGAUUAGUAAGAGAUAUUUCUGUCUUGGUUUUUCUGAUAUGCAGUAGGAAUGCUUCCAAAAAUACAGUGAGUCCAAAGAUGGUGAACAAUUGCAUGGCCCUAGAAAGAGACAGGAGGUGGAAGCUCCUUGACAGAUACGUUGAUGCCUGCUCAUCUGCCAAGGUUAAGACUGAAAUUAUGCUCGUUGAGAGUGAUACAGUUGCCAAGGCACUCCUAGACCUUAUUCCUACUCAAAACAUAAGAAACCUAGUAGUUGGAACCACCGAAUCAAGUCUGAGGAAACUGAGGUCCAAGAAAGGAAGUGGAAUAGCCAGUCAGAUUCUACGAAAUGCGCCCGACACCAGCUGCAAUAUUAAGAUCAUAUGGAAGGGAAGGGAAGUGAUUGAUGACAGUAUGUUUACUGGCUCGACUUCAUCGCGUAGCAGUAACGCAAACUCCUUGUCCACACAAGAUGAAGACGAUCAGCAAGAAAUACGAAUCUCAACAGAUUACAAUAGACAAGAGUACUUGCGUCCUGCAGUAAAUCGCCAUCAUCUUUAAACGGAUACAAGGCAAUGUAGUGGGGGAAACCAAAACCUUCACAAAUAACAGCUUGAUUUUGUUAUAUGAUGUUUUUGUUAAACUGUCCCACAUCGGUGGGGUGAAGAAAACUAAAGAAGUUUAAAUAGUAUUACCCCACUCUAACUAAUACCGAGGCCUUUUGUGAUAAAACCCCACACCUGAGGAUUGUGCAGGUGGUUAAGUGGGGACAGUAUCAGUGUUGUUAGAGUGGGACGGGCCCGGCGAUCCAACAAUUCCAACAUGGUAUCAGAGCCCACGGUUGCGGGCCCGUGCAAGCCAACGAGCUUGUGUGCAAGCCAAUGAGCUUGUCACCACCCGGAAGGAAACAAGUCUAAACUCUUAAUAUAGAAACGACCGCUGAGUUCCAAUUGAAAACAAGUGGGCCCAACGUGAGCCGACCUCUGAGUUUCAAUUACUGAUGUGGAUCUCCACGUGUGAACCACUAAAUGAGGUUACACGUGAGGGGGAGUGUUAAACUGUCCCACAUCGGUGGGGUGAAGAAAACUAAAGAAGUUUAAAUAGUAUUACCCCACUCUAACUAAUACCGAG